AUGUUCUUAACCAGAAGUGAAUAUGAUCGUGGUGUCAGCACCUUCUCUCCUGAGGGGAGAUUGUUCCAGGUCGAAUACUCCUUAGAGGCCAUCAAAUUGGGGUCCACAGCCAUCGGCAUCGCCACUUCCGAGGGUGUCAUAUUGGGUGUUGAAAAGAGAGUUACAUCGUCGCUUUUGGAAUCCACCUCCAUCGAAAAGAUUGUGGAAAUUGACCAGCACAUUGGCUGUGCUAUGAGUGGGUUGACCGCCGACGCCAGAAGCAUGAUUGACCACGCGCGUGUCUCCUCGCUUAACCACAACUUGUACUACGACGAGUCUAUCGGUGUUGAAUCCUUGACCCAGUCCGUGUGUGACUUGGCGUUAAGAUUCGGGGAAGGUGCCGGUGGCGAAAAGAGAUUGAUGUCAAGACCAUUCGGUGUCGCCUUGUUGAUUGCCGGGUACGAUGAAGAUCACGGCCCACAGUUGUACCAUGCAGAGCCGUCGGGAACCUUCUAUAGGUAUGAUGCCAAGGCCAUCGGCUCCGGCUCUGAGGGUGCACAGGCUGAGUUGCAGAACGAGUACCAUUCGUCUUUGACUUUGAAGGAAGCGGAAUUGUUGACCUUGAAGGUAUUGAAGCAGGUUAUGGAGGAAAAGUUGGACUCCAAUAACGCGCAAUUAGCCUCCGUCACCAAGGAAGGUGGGUUCAAGAUCUACGAUGAUGCCAAGACGGCCGAAAUUAUUGCUCAAUUGAAGGAGCAGGAGACCGACGAGGCUCACGCCUUGGAUUAG